AUGGCCCUUCCCACACACUUCACCCUUAACACGGGUGCACAAAUACCCGCCCUUGGCUUUGGUACAUGGCAAGCCAAGCCCGGUGAGGUUGAGCAAGCAGUGGAAACAGCACUCAAGGCGGGCUAUCGCCACAUCGACUGCGCAGCCAUCUACCGCAACGAAGUGGAAGUAGGCCAUGGCAUUCGACGAAGUGGCGUCCCACGCUCACAAAUCUUCAUAACCGGAAAGCUGUGGAACACCAAGCACGCACCAGAAGAUGUCGAGGCAGCGCUCAAUCAAUCGCUCCGAGAUCUUGGUGUUGAAUACCUUGACUUGUUUCUCAUGCACUGGCCCGUUGCCUUCAACGGCAAGCAGGGCAAGUGGUUCCCCUUGCGUGACGAUGGCGUUUUCGACCUCGUAGACAUUGACCCAGCCACCACCUACAAGGCCAUGGAAAACUUACUUAGUACUGGCAAAGUCCGUGCAAUCGGCGUCUCCAACUUUACCAUCAACCGCUUAAAAGAUCUCUUGUCUAAGACCAACGUCGUCCCGGCUGUCAAUCAAAUUGAGGCACACCCCUACCUCCAACAACCCGCUCUCUUCGACUUCUGUAAAGAAAAAGGCAUCCUUGUUGAAGCAUACUCUCCUUUGGGCAACAACCAGACAGGCGAGCCACGCACUAUGGAUGAUGACCUUGUCGGUGUGUUAGGUCACAGAUUAGGUAUGGACCGUGGGCAACUCCUCGCUAGCUGGGGCAUCCAGCGCGGCACCGUGGUGCUGCCCAAGAGCGUCACGCCGAGCCGUAUCAAAAGCAAUGGACAGGUAAAGGCAUUGCCAAAGGAUGCAUUCGAAGAACUCAGCCAAUUGGAGAAACACAAACGAUUCAACGUGCAGUCGCGGUGGGGAUUCGAUAUCUUUGAGGAACUUGGCGAUGAGGAGGUGAGAAAGAUCGCUCAAGGGUUUGCAAAGGAAAAUCAGGCAAAGUUCACUACCUAG